CACCGCUUCCGGUGUCGCCACCUUCUUUGUCUCCGGCCCAACAUUUCGACACCAGGGCUUGUCUAUUUUACCCUGUAGUUUUGAGGAUAUAUUUACACAUAUAUCCCCAGUUUUCUGAUAUUGAAUGACAGUCGACUCUGAAAUAUUUAUGCCUAAAAGUAAAGCGCCAAAAAUGGAUGACCUGGACUACAUCCCAGUAGACCUGAGCCCAGAGGAGCGCUCUGAGCUGGAGGACAUCCGCAGGAGGAAGGGCGUCCUGCUGCAGGAGAUCCAGAGGCUCAGAGAGGAAUUAAGGGAGGCAAUUUUGGAGGUGGAGGGACUGGAGACCAGCACAGAGGGCAGUAAAACUCUGCAGAAAAGCAGGCAUGUGGCCAUGGGAAGGAAGAAAUUCAACAUGGACCCCAAAAAGGGCAUCGUGUUUCUGGUGGAGAACGAGCUGCUCAGACACACUUCAGAGGACAUCGCUCAGUUCCUCUACAAAGGAGAGGGCCUCAACAAGACCGCUAUAGGAGAUUACCUUGGAGAAAGGGACGACUUCAACAUCAAAGUGCUUCAGGCUUUCGUUGACCUCCACGAGUUCACUGAUCUCAACCUCGUCCAGGCCCUCAGACAGUUCCUGUGGAGUUUCCGUCUGCCUGGUGAAGCCCAGAAGAUCGACAGAAUGAUGGAGGCCUUUGCUCAGAGAUACUGCCACUGCAACCCCGGCGUCUUCCAGAGCACUGACACAUGUUACGUGCUGUCAUUUGCCAUCAUAAUGCUGAACACAAGCCUCCAUAACCCAAAUGUGAGGGACAAACCUGGAGUGGACCGUUUCAUCUCGAUGAAUCGAGGCAUCAACGAGGGGGGAGACCUUCCCGAGGACCUGCUCAGAAAUCUCUACGAAAGCAUUAAAAAUGAGCCGUUCAAGAUCCCAGAGGACGACGGCAACGACCUGACACACACCUUCUUCAACCCGGACAGAGAGGGCUGGCUUCUUAAACUCGGGGGACGAGUGAAAACUUGGAAAAGGCGAUGGUUCAUUCUCACAGACAACUGCCUUUAUUACUUUGAAUACACCACAGAUAAGGAACCGCGAGGUAUCAUUCCCUUGGAAAACCUCAGUAUCCGUGAGGUAGAAGACCCAAGAAAACCUAACUGCUUUGAGCUGUACAUUCCCAACAACCGUGGUCAGCUGAUCAAGGCGUGCAAGACGGAGGCCGAUGGGAGAGUAGUGGAAGGAAACCACAUGGUGUACCGUAUCUCCGCCCCGACACCUGAGGAGAAGGACGAAUGGAUCCACAGCAUCAAAUCUGCUGUCAGUGUUGACCCCUUCUACGAAAUGCUCGCUGCCAGGAAGAAACGUAUAUCACUGAAGAAGAAGGAGGAGCAACCGUAGAGUAUUCCCUUCACACUUCCCUGUCUUCCUUCCCGUCCUUCCUUCCAGCACCGGACACAUGUUUUCAUCUUUGCUCCUCACCACCUGUUCACAAGUUUUGUUACCCCUCUCUCCCCCUUCCCCAUACGCACCCUCGCUGUUGGAUAUGAGGGCUCCUCGCUAUCCUGUCGAGUCUUUGAAGCCACAUUCAGAGUGAAGAGCUCUCACACUGCGGCUGCCUCUUGUUAUCUUGGUUCUUAAAUUACUGCUGUUGCACACGAUCUGACACACUACAGCCAGAGCACACACCUGUCCGUCUCUUCACCGCACUCCUCUCUCGUUCACUGUGUGAGUGAACUGUGAAACGUGUCUAAGACCAUAUUCACGCUGUUGUUGGUGAUUUCAUUAACAUAUUUUUUCAUGGUUUGGCCUUUUAUCCACACUUUUAGGCAACUUCCUAAAACUGCUCACUGAAUAAGAACGAAUUUGCACACGCAGGGGAAAUGGAGGAUUUAAAAAUACUAUGACUGUCGUCAUCUCAUUCUUCUGAAUUCUGAAUCCUUCCAUGUCCUUUCUACUUUUCACAGUUACUCUGUAAACCACAAACUAAACUUUUAAAAAACUCAGACAGCUGCUUUGCAGGAAUGUUUAAGGCUGCUGACGAAAGAAACGUAUGCAUGCAUAAAGGGCGGCUCCAUAUUUUUUUGUUUUCUGAGGUCCUAAAAUCUCUCUAUAGCUUCCCCGUAAUGUUCCCUAUGUAUUCAAUUCCUAACUUUCAAAUUUUGUUUUGGCGUGAAAAUGUUAUUUUCCCAAGCUCUUCUGAAUUCAUUUUCCCAUGUGACCUGAUGUAUGUUUCUGCACUAGCUCGCCUAAUGUGCCUCUGUGAUUGAGCCAAGUCUUCUUUAAGUAUUGUGCGUUAUUGAUCUUCCAAAUUCGUUUUAUUCCCCUAACCUCAUAACCUACAAAGAAGUUAAGCAGCAUUCAGCUGUGUAGUUCAGAUCUGAAAGAACCACAAUAAAACAAAAACUAACUGAUCGAGGCAGCAGUGGACCAGCAGCUUCUAUAAUCAGUGAGGUAAACUCACCGUUUCUGUCAAAUGAGUCUGGUGGCUUUGAAGAGAGCGAUAUAAGAGCUUCUGUUCCCUGUCAGAAAGGGCUUUCUGACAGCAAGGGAAAGCAAAAAAUAUUACACAGACUAUUGAUGAUUAUGUCAUGUAACCACACUUCAAAAAAUCCAAAGUAACCCCUGUUUUCAUCAUCUAACCUGACAGGGCGUUCCCAUUUGAAAAACCCAGAAAAUAACACAGAUGGAUCUGCCCUUUUAUCCCAGUGUGAGCAGCCAGCAUCAGGCCUGUCUAUCCGACCCUGAUUCUGAGGCGUCAUUCAUCCUGAGUCUCAGCCGAGUCGGGCGGGGUCAUUUUAGCUACCUGAGAUACUUCAAUAUAUGUACGGCAGACUUUUAGACUACUAUCUAAAUACUUUUCCUCACCCUUUUAGUUGCCCCUCACAGGAAUUAUUUUAUUCAUAAGGGGUUAUCCAAUAACAUCAAAGACUUAAGUUAAUUGACAUGAAACUGUUGUCACCGUUAAUAUGUGAAAUACGGAACAACAGGAUUACUGUGCAUUACCAACUCUUAAUAUAUAUGAGAAUAAAUCAAGAUGGUUCACUUAGUUACUUGCAGCUGCAUCAGGUCCGGGAAAACAAAUUCUUUUUACCACUUGUUGAUCGGGGAAGUGAUUUGCUAUAUUUCUAAGCCCAAAUUGACAUUGUUUUUGCCUCGAUCUGUCCUCACUGUUGAGCCCUGCCUUUUGACGUCCAUCUGCAUUAGUGUGAAUAUGGUCUUUUUCAGGGUAGCAAGAAGCCUCGGUUCUCAUGAAGUCGUUUUUCACGUAUUGAAGCCGCCUAAGUGAGAAAUUGCCUUUCUUGAUUGUGCUUACCCCGGAGAAAAUGUGAAUUAUUCAAAUAAUGAGACUUAUCUUCAGUUAGUGUUGGUCAGAGAGGAAUCAGAUGAAGUCAAAGCAGCAAACGGUUUCAGAAUACUUCAGAUUAUGUGCCGAUUGCUUCCAAUAAUACUCUUAAUGGGUUCAACAUACAUUACUACUGUCUACACUUAGGUAACCAUAAUGUGAAGAAAACAUCACUAUUCAUUGCUGUUCACCAAGUUACUGCUGAUCUUUAGAUAUGAUCGUUCUCGACGCAGAAAGGUUGCUUUACUUGCAGAAUUAACAGAGACACACAUGAGCAGUUUCUCUUCUUCCAGACUGCUGCUUGUUUCAGCUCACUGAGACAACAUACAUGUUCUUUAGCAUGUUUCUCUACAUGUUUGAGCAAUAGCAGAGCAACCCGUAGUUCCAGUCUGUAGGCUCGUUUACAGAUCCUUUAUAACACUAAACUGAGCAACGAUCAUCACAUCCUCUCAGAUAGCAUGCCACAAGUAAUUUUCCUUCUUGCUCAACACUACAACGUCUCUCUCACAAGUAAUAACUCCGUCAGACAUGUAACUGUUAGAGCCCGGUCUGUCCGCCACAGUGAGUAUCAAGAAAUCACAAAGGCAGCUCAUUACAAUGUAUACUUUUUUGUAAAUAGUUGUUAGCAUAUUUGUUUACGAUACACAUAGAUUUAAUUUAUUCUUUUGUUAAGAUCUGAUUUUUGUACGAGCUACUGUAGGACUGCAUGUUGAUAAACUGAGGCGUCCGUCGUAGGUACCGAUGCAUCGCUGAUCAUGCUAGUGCACUGAUUUGAAAACUGUUAGUGUUCCCUGUUGACACGGAAAAAAUUUAACACAGAAGUUGAUUUAUGCUUAGAGUAAAACGUCUGAAUUGUUUUUUGGAAAAUAAGAUAUUUAGAAGUUAGUAGUCUGAUUUAUCUUAUGACCACUCUGCUGGUUUUUGGAGUAAAUCAGACUCGGUAAAGCACAAGCAGUAAUGAGACUUUAUGAAACUAAUGUCCAGUUUUCAUAGGCUGCCCACUUAAAGUGUGAGGAGACAAGGAACACUAACAAAGCUUUGAUUCAUUAUAUAAUAGUAAAAUUAUUCAGAUGUAAUGAAUCAGUAACAAGUUUAGCUUUGUGUCCAGUGAUAGAUUUGCUUGACAUCCAGUUCAUAAACUGAUUAAUUGUAGUUUAUUGGAUUGGCAUUUUUUAGAUGGUAGUAAAAAAAAAAAUGUCUACUGCACUUUAUCCAUUUUAGCAUUUUGGAGAAAAUGCUGUUACUUUGACUGACUCCAAUACUCUGUAGCACCCUCCACUGGUGAUCUCACACACUGCAAUAUGCUGAAGGAAGAGCCAUGAACUGUGUAGAAACACUUUAUAACGCCACCUCCUGGUCAGUGCAGGCUAUAGCAGUUUCUGACCAGCAUGCACUGUAAUUGUUCACCUGAUUAUGUUUGAAGCUGAAUUGGAUUCGAUCUUCUAUAGACCGUGUUUUAAAGACACAGCAAGUGAUUGGUCUUAUAAAUACACAUCUAGGUUUGCCUUUUAGUCUUCUACUUCAUCAAACUGACAUCUUUAUACCGUCAUCUUAGUGCUUCUACACAACACAUGGACUGUCUGCAGGCCUUCACUGUCUGGGUAUUCUUGAAGUGCAAAGUUGCCAAAAAAAAAAUGUUGGAGGAACAAAUGUUUCCACUAAAACAAAAGAACAAACACUGAAGCGAUCAGACUGUAACUGGGCCUCUGUUUCUAAUUCCACCUCUUUACGAAAAUGUUUAUUUUUUAUUUAUUUAUUUUUUAUUUACUGUGAGGUGAAGAUGGAUAGAUCAUCUGUAAAUGUAGCAAAAGGAAAACCACGAUACAUUGGUGCCAGUAAACUACUGUGUAACAAUAAAAGGUAAACUGAGGUGA